AUGGGCCCCAAACGAAAAUCUGAUGCUAUCGAACUCGAAGGAUUCCAAUCUGACGCGUCUUCUGUGAAGGAAAAUGACGCGACAUACGAGUCAGUAUCCAAGAAAGGGCGUACUUCCGAAGCCUCGGAGAGAGCAUCAUCUUCGAGCAAGGGAAAGGACAAGGCGAAGAAUAGUAAAGAGCUGGUCAGAAGAUUAUGGCGAGUCUUUUGGUCGAGUCCAGCACGUCUGGCUAGUUUCCUACUCAGUGACGAUUGUGCAGAAAUUCGACGCAAAAUUGCAGGAGACGUCGGGGUUACCCAGUGGCUCAAGGACAUUGGUGGAAUAAACAGCAAUUCGUAUUCGCGAUUCAAUGUGUUUUCGACCGUGAAAGAGAAAGGAAAAACCGGCGGGGCUUCCAACGGGACCUACUAUGCAGCUUGUGUUUAUUUUGAAAAAGUUUGUAUCGCAGAGGGCAAGAAAAAAACGCCCGCCCGAAUCAGACAUGAGGCAGAGCUCCCCCGUGGCUAUCCGUUAGAGCGCUCGCGGGGGGUCUGGGUAAUUAUCGGGCGAUGA